AUGGCAAUGCGGCCUACGACUCCCGAUUUCAAUCUUGCCCAGCAAGCAAGACCUUCCUCUCCGCCUGAUACACCGAUAACGUCUACUUUCUUCAAUCUGAAGAAUCGACGCAAUGGAAUGAAUUUCUCCCGCAAAAUCUCUACAGACCUGCAUGACGCAAUCAGACCUAAUGGCAAUGGGCCCACGUUCUCCUACAAUCCCUUCCAACCACUGGACUCCGAGCUUUCCCCUCGUUCCUCCUCCCCAGCAUCCUCCAUGCAUUCCUCAUCUUCUUCAGAAGCCGACGACCCUCCCCCUCGAUCACGUAGCCCCUCACCCGGGACGUACCUCACAUCGUCCCCUUCGAAACCCCCAGUCCGUACACGGAUCGUCAGCGAAGGGAAUUUCACUUUGGAGGAAUUUGAUGAAGACGACUACGAGGCCUUCGACUCCGAUGCCGCAUCUAUAAUCAGGCCCUUUCAAUACGAAGAUGCGGAAUCCGAUCGUGCCCGCUCUGUUAAGGAAGGAGACCUCGACCCGGGAAUUUUACAUGGGAUACGAGAUCUGCAUUUCAAUAGUGAUGAAGCGGAAAUGCAGGCUUACCUGGAGAGAAGGAGGGAGGAGAAGAGGAGGAAGAGGAGAAGCUCUGGGAGUGUGCAGAAGCGAAGCUUGGCACAGAGUAUUGGAAGUGAUACCGAUAACGAGGACCUCCAGCCCGUGCUGUUUGAUGCUAAUGAGGCUGGCUCGAGUGCCAGAAGACUCAGGCGGAGAGUUGGGGAGAGGUCUAGUCUGAUAUUUGAUGAUCCUCCGGCUAGGAUCGAGGAGUUGGAGGAGCCAGAAUACUGCGAGGAGGUUUUUGAUGUGCCGAAUGAGGAUCAAGGCCUCAGUCAGUUACCUUAUUAUGAGCAGGUUAUGGAAGUUGAUUCCGAGGAGGAUGAUUGA